GCGUUCAUCACAAGUGCCACUCCACACUCUCUCUGCACACGCGCAUCGGCAGUGUGAGAAGCCAUUUCUUCAACCUAUAUAUUGCCUCGCCACUCUCAUCGUUCUUUCCUUACUCGCUCUUUCUCUCUCUGGAGCGAUCGAUUCUUGUCGGUCCGUGCCCUACCUUUUACGUUUCGGAAGGCCGAGGAGGCUAUAAUACCCGGAUUUCUUCGAAAUGAUUUCAUGGCUUGAAUCAAUUUAGAAGAAGUUUUAUGGUAAGAUAAUUGCUAGCUCAGGGGCUUGUCUGCCCGUCUUUUUGAAGGUUGAAUUCUCUUAGAAGAUUGUGUUUAUGUGCACAUGGCGAAUGUAUUUGUUUGUGCCUGUGCCUGUUUUGCACUUUCAAGUUUUAGACUUUAUUUCUUUACUGCAGAAGCUGUUUGCUUUUACUUUGGAUUGAGUUUCUUCUUUUGCUAGGCAACCAAGAAUAUAUUAAAUGUGCCGAAUAAAAAGAAGGGUGUGCAAUUCAAGCACACCCGGUAUACAAAGGGAGCAAAAAAAAAAAAAACAUAAGCACCACAAAAGAGCAUACAAAACAUCCUCCCUCUAACACAGUCAGUUAAUAAAAUCUAACAAGGAACACGGACUCUCUUAGGUGAGUCCAAUGGAAAAGGGUACAAAUAAAAGAGUCCUUAUAAAGCUUGAUCUAAGCAUUGAAUUCCAUCGAAGUAUCUUGGAUUCCUCUCUUGUUGGAGAAUCCAAAACAAGCAAAGAGAGGCUGUUCUCUAAAUCUUUUUUCUAUUUUUGCUAACAAUACUUCCAUGCCAAACCUUUAGCAAAUCUUUCACAAAGAAAGGGAGGACCCAAGAAUAGUCAGAAAGAGAAAAUAACAAAUGCCAAAGGCCCCUUGCCCUUCCACAAUGGAUUAGCAAGUGAUUGGUGAAUUCUUUUGAAUUUAUACAUAAGCAAUAAUGGUUAGCUAACACCCAUCCUCUUCUCUUAAGUUGAUCUAAGGUUAGGAACCUUUCCCAAACUGCCUCCCAAGGCCCAAGAACCCCACACUAGCUUAGAGGGGAAGGAGUAGAGGAAUUUCACCGAGAACUUCCCACUUUUGCUAAUCUUCCAAAUUAGGCUAUCAUCAUCCUCCCCCAAGCCUCUUUAUUAGAAGCAAAAGAGGAGAGACAAAAAAGAAUCCUUUGAAGGAGCUUCCGUGCACCAAACAUCAAGCCAAAUGAGUUUCUUAGGACUCGUUUGGCAGCGAUUCAUGUUUUCAUUUCUUCAUUUGCAAAAGUUUCCUUUCUUUAUGCUUUUUGAUCUACCUUCAUUUCAUUCAUAAAAAUAGCCAUCCUUGUAUUGUUCAAAGGCAUAAAUAUGUUGUAAAUUGCAUCCUAGUUUCUUCUUGAUUAUCUAUAUCAUUUUUCAUUAGAUUUUGAAGUUUUCUCUUUGUUUUCAUUUAAAUUUCAUAUUUUGUGGUUUCUUCAAAUAUUUUGGAUGUAUGAGCACACUGUCCUACCUGUUGUAACUGAGGAAGGGAGAAUACUAUUUAGGUGAAGAAAUGAAUGGGAGCAAUAAAUGAGGCGAUUUGGAUGGUGCAUCCACCUUAAAAUCAGUUACAAGAAGCGGUUUGAUGCCAUGCAGGUCUACAUUGGGAUUGGUUCUUGUGGGCGGGUGGGUGGUGCUUCGGGUUGAUGCAUUUGGCAAUUCUGUUCCCUGAAGAUUUUUGGCUCUGCUGAGAACUGAGUCCAUUUGGCAAUUGGGACCCUUAGUGGGGGAAAAAGUGCUGGUGAUCUGAAAUGGCAAGGAAUCCAAGAGUUUUGGCAGCCUAUCGUGCAAUGAGGGCUCUGGGCAUUGCUGAGGCAACUGUGAAACCAGUCCUGAAGAAUCUAUUAAGAUUAUAUGAGAAAAACUGGGAACUAAUUGAAGAAGAGAAUUAUAGAGCCCUUGCUGAUGCUAUAUUUGAGUAUGAGGAAACUAAGGUGGAUGAACAGAAGAAGCAAUCUGAGAUUGCUAAUCAAGAUAACAUUUUGGAGGGAGAGACUCGGUUGCAUGAUGAGCCUGCUCGUCCCUUAAAAAGGUUGCGCUUAAGAAACCAAGAAAUUCAGGUUUCACCUUCUCUCGCAAAUUCCAGCCAGACACUAGGUGGAGCUGUAAUGAAAAGGCCUAAAUUGGAGGAUGCUGAACAACCUCAAACUCUUGCUGAACGGCAACCACAGGGUAUAGCAGAGACACCUGAGCCCAGUGUUGGAAACAUAAGACCUGAACUGCAGCCUGUUUCAUCACCACAGGCACAUCUUGUAAACAAAGGAAAGCAACCUGCUUUGCCCCAACCCUUGGCAGUGCAGGGAAGAUCUGAUUUAUCUCCACCAUCUGCUACAAAGAGGGCUGAAUCUGAUCUUCUUCAUACUCAGCAACGCCUCAGAGACAAGGGAAAAGAGCCCCUGUCACCCCAAAUUGCUGCAAAAGAGAAAAGAUCAAUUCCUGUCAGAUCAUUCCACCUGAAUGCUGAGCCUGGCAUUAUUCUUUCACCAAAACGGAAGGUGCAUGAUACUCCUGCCUUAAUGAAGCCUAAAGAUGAGCCAUAUACUGAUGACAUACUGCAGCUUGAGGUUCCUAUUGCUGUGAUCCAUCCAGAUCCAUUACAUAAAAGAAAUUUUCCUGAAAAUAAUUCUACUGGAAAACUAGAUGGCCCACAACCCCCUGUAAACAGUCGUGUAGAUGGAGAAGAUGAAGUUAAUGGUGGUCCAGCUUCAUCAAGCGGAGCAGGGACCAAUCGUGAGCUUGCAAACAUCUCAAAUCUAGAGAUUGCUUCCUCUCCCUUGGGAGAGGUGAAGAUUUCUCUGAGUUGCAACUCUGCUCAUGGAAAACCUGAUUUCCGUAUGCCAAGUCUUGAUACACUUUUAAAGUUGGUAGAAGAUAAAUGCCUAAGAUCGUAUAAAAUUAUUGAUCCAAAUUUUUCUGUGACGAAACUGAUGAGAGAUAUGUGCGACUGCUUUUUGGAACUAGGAACUCACACUGAAGAAUCACAUGAAGGAUCAAUAAAUACGACACCAACUGGUGAUUUGUUGGGAAAAUCUACUGCACCAGAUGCUGUAGGUUCCUGUGGGGAUGAGGAAAAUUUUAGCAUGUCAUCUUGUAUAACGAAUGGAUCAUUCAAGAUUCAAUGCUCAACUGAGGUGGCUGUGCCUCAGAUUCCAAGAUUACUUUCAACAUCUUUGAAUGGCCUGGGUGAUCACAUACAGCUCGAUAGCAAAAUUACUGAGAACAGUUGUGGAGAAAAUGGCCAGGAAAAGGAAACAAAUGGUCCCAAUAAUGCAAAUUCACUUAGUCUGGUGUUGGUUCAACAGCGUCAAUUAACUCCUGAUGAUAUAAGGUUCAUCCAUGAUGUUGAUGACAUAACAAAAGGAGAAGAAAAGGUCAGAAUUCCAUUGGUUAAUGAAACCAACAGUGAGUUCCCAACACCCUUUCACUACAUAUCCCAAAACCUAGUUUUUCAAAAUGCCUACAUGAAUUUGUCUCUUGCUCGGAUUGGGAUUGAAAAUUGUUGUUCAACUUGUUUUGGUGAUUGUCUAUCUUCUUCAACACCUUGUGCCUGUGCAUGUGAAAGUGGGGGUGAUUUUGCAUAUACAUUAGAAGGACUAGUUAAGGAAGACUUUUUAGAAGAGUGCAUUUCAAGGAGUCGUGACCCUCAACAGCACCAGCUUGCUUUUUGUCAAGAAUGCCCUCUUGAAAGAUCCAAGGCUGAAGAUAUUUUAGAACCGUGCAAGGGUCACAUUGUGAGGAAAUUCAUCAAAGAGUGUUGGAGCAAAUGUGGCUGCUCCAAACAGUGCAGAAAUCGUCUGGUGCAGAGAGGCAUAACUUGCAAUUUUCAGGUGUUUUUGACUCCUGAUGGAAAAGGGUGGGGUCUUCGGACCCUAGAGGAUUUACCAAAAGGUUCUUUUGUGUGUGAGUAUGUUGGGGAAAUAUUGACUACAGUGGAGCUGUAUGAACGAAACAUGCAAAGUACCAGCAGAGGCAAAAAAACAUACCCAGUGCUCUUAGAUGCUGAUUGGGCUUUGAGAGGAAUCUUGAAGGAUGAAGAAGCUCUCUGUCUAGAUGCAACAUUUUAUGGAAACGUUGCAAGGUUUAUCAAUCACAGGUGUUUAGAUGCAAACUUAGUUGAGAUACCAGUUGAAGUGGAAUCCCCAGAUCAUCACUACUAUCAUCUUGCACUUUUCACAACAAGAAAGGUAAAUGCUUUGGAAGAGCUGACUUGGGAUUAUGGCAUUGACUUUGAUGACCAGGAUCAUCCAGUUAAGACAUUCAGAUGCUGUUGUGGUAGCAAGUUCUGCCGUAAUAUGAAGCGCACAAGGUCUAGGUCUGCAUUAAGUUUGGGAUGAAUGGAACAUAGGACUUUUAAGUAAUGCUAUUUUGACAUUGGAAUCCUUUUUGCCUCAGUGAAGAGUUUCACCUAUGAAACCAAUUUUGCUGGACUGUAUUUUCUGGUACAGCCUAUCAUCCUUCUUAAUUGACUGGGCUUUCAGAAAUCCUUUUAUCACACUUUUGGCUAGUAUUGCAGGUUGUUGUUGUACAGGAUCUUGUGUAUGGACCAAGCUUUUUUAGGUUGUGUUUGGUUCCAGAAAACACUAAGGAAAGAAAAAAUACAAAGGAAAAUGUUUUUUUUU